AGAUCCUUAAGUGAGAAAAAUGACCAUCGCCACACCACGGGUUUCCUCCCCGUUGUUCCUGGCUGUGGCUCCAUCUAGGGUAUGCACACGAAGAACUGUACCUGACUAUUCGGCUGGCUUCCCGUCACACUACACCAUGUGUAUGUUAUGGCUGUCCCAAGACCAGAAAUAUAUAUUAAUUGGUUCUCAGGGGUCCAUCAUUGGAGGAUCAACAUGUUCCAGAUGCAUUCCUUCUCAAGCCGAGGGACGGGCCCCGAUGUCCCGCAACUGAUGAUUUAAAUUUAUUCUGCUCUCCCACGAGGUCUAUAAGUGUAGUCGGGAGAGCUCCAUUUCUUUUCAUAAGGUUGUUCAUUCUAUCAUGCGUUCGUUCUCACUCCUUGCUCUGGCCUCACUGGCCACGGCGGUUGUCUAUGAAGCAGAAUUAGCGACUCUCUUGGGAGAUGUUCAUGUUGCAAGCGAUAUUCCCGGCUAUACAGGAACCGGCUACGUUGCGGGCUUUGCUGCUGAUGGCGACAGUAUCAGCUUUGCUGUCAAUAGGCUCACAGCUGGUAGCUACGACAUUGCAGUGAUCUACAGCGCGCAGUAUGGAGACAAGUUCACGACUAUGUCCGUCAAUGGCGUCUCCUCCGAAGUGGCUAUAACGAAUGUCACUACAAGUACCUGGGCGACUUCGCAGGCUGGUUCGUUUGCUUUGACGGCUUCGAACACAAUUACAUUCAGCAAUGAUUGGGGAUGGUACUUCAUCGAUUCCAUCACCAUCUCGCCUACACCCACUGCACCUAUCGUUGUGGUGGACGUGACGAAUGGAGCAAAGGCCGAAGCUGAGAACGGUAUCUUCAAUGGAGUUACUGCCGGGACUACAACCGCUGGCUACUCUGGAACUGGCUUUGUUCAGGGCUUCGAUGCUGCGACAGACAGUGUGACUAUUACACUAUCCAGUGCCAAGCAGGCUUUGUAUGAUGUGGUUGUUAGAUACGCAGCUAUCUAUGGUGAGAAGCAGACAUCGAUGUCGCUCAACGGUGCCGGAGGAGCAAACAUCCUCUUCGCCGAUACUACAGCAGCUGCCAAUCCAUGGGCCAAUGCGACGGCUGGCCAGGUAUUGCUGAAUGCUGGUAACAACACUAUUUCGUUCAUGACCAAUUGGGGCUGGUACUUUAUUGAUACUGUCUAUGUUACUCCAUCGCCAGCACCUGCACCUCAUCAGGUAACAAGCUCGCUUGUUGUUCCGAACGUCCUGCCCGUCACUCAGGCUUUGUUCAACAAGCUUCUUUCCAAAUAUGGCAGUGGACAAAUCUUCUCCGGCCAAGCAGACCCCAGCGGAGUGGCAUGGCUGGAAGCGAAUGUUGGCAAGACACCAGCGAUCAUAGGACUUGAUAUGAUUGAGUACAGCCCAAGUCGAGUGCUAUAUGGAUCCACCAGUACCGCUGUUGAAGAUGCCAUUACAUUUGACGCUCGGAAUGGAAUGGUUGCCUUCCAAUGGCAUUGGAAUGCUCCUUCACAUCUCAUCAACAACGACACUGUCCCAUGGUGGAAGGGCUUCUACAGCUAUGGCACAACCUUCAACCUGACUGCUGUCCUCGCCGCCCCCACAAGCCAAGAUUACGCGCUCAUGAUCUCGGACAUGGACGCCAUCGCAACCCAACUGCUCCGUCUCCAAGCAGCCAAUAUCCCAGUCCUUUGGCGUCCGCUCCACGAAGCUGAUGGUACCUGGUUCUGGUGGGGGGCUUAUGGUCCCGAAAGUUGCGUAGCCCUGUAUCGUCUCAUGUUCGAUCGCUUCACGAACCACCACAAGUUGCGCAACCUCAUUUGGGUGUGGAACUCCGUGACCCCAUCCUGGUACCCCGGCGACGACGUCGUCGACAUCCUCGGCUACGAUUCAUACCCUCCUCUCGGCGACCACGGCCCAGUCAGCGCACAAUACCAACAACUCAUCGCUCUCGGCAGAGACAAGAAGCUAGUCACCCUGCCAGAAGUAGGCAAUAUCCCCGAUCCGGAUAUCCUCAAGCUGUACCAUGCCGACUGGAGCUAUUUCGUGACCUGGAAUGGAGAGUUCAUCGAGACAGAAACCUACAACCCACUCACUUUCAAGAAGAAAGUCUACGAUGACCCCACAGUCCUGAAGCUCACCGAUCUUGGGAACUGGAAAGGCUCUGCAACUUCCACAUCAUCUGCAAAACCCUCAUCGUCAUCGACUGUUAAGCCGACUUCUUCAUCCACGUUCGUGACGUCCACAAGCAAGAGCUCCUCGACUUCCAAAGCUAGCUCUUCAAGUUCGAAAUCGACCUCUAGAAGCUCGACAAGCAAGACUAGUUCUGCGACGUCGAGUAGUGCGAGUGCGGCGGCUACGCAGGUUCAUUGGGGACAGUGCGGCGGGACGAACUGGGCCGGGCCGACGGUUUGUGCGGCCGGGACGACGUGUGUAGCUGUUAGCCCGCCGUGGUAUUACCAGUGUUUGUAGACUCGUAGCAGCUUAUAUGUGUAUUGGAGGUAGGAGAGUCGGGUACAUAUGAUGUAAAUAGCGGAUUACAUAGAGGGAGCAAAGUGAAUGGAACAAGGUGAGUGUACAGGCUACAGCGCUGUAAAUAGUCGUCGGAUUGGGAGAGGAGUUGUAUAUAGUGGACAAAAAUCAGACCGAGUACAUAUGUCACCUAGCGAGGGCCAAUCCCAAACUAAUCAUUUAAAUAGUACUUCUCUAAAUAUUAGUGUAUGAGAAUUACAGAAAUAAUAUUAAUCGAACUUCAUACCGGAAGGCCUCAAAACAAC